AUGAAUAUUUUUAUGAGGCGCCUUGCACCAGAGAUGGGCCAGGACCAAACCAAGCAGCAGAUAGAGAAGGGCCUGAGGUUGUAUCAGUCCAAUCAGACGGACAAAGCCCUGCAUGUCUGGACAAAAGUGCUGGAGAAGACCUCAGAUCCCGGGGGGAAGUUUCGGGUGUUAGGGUGCCUGAUAACGGCUCACUCAGAAAUGGGAAAAUAUAAAGAUAUGCUCAAGUAUGCUCUAGAUCAAAUAGACACAGCCAGAGAAAUGGAGGACCCAGACUACCUGACCGAAGGCUACCUGAACUUGGCGCGCAGCAAUGAGAAGCUGUGCGACUUCCAGAAAACGGUGUCCUACUGUAAGACCUGCUUAAACAUGCAGGGCACCACGGUCAGCCUGCAGCUCAACGGCCAGGUAUGUCUCAGCAUGGGCAACGCUUUCCUGGGCCUCAGUGUCUUCCAGAAAGCUUUGGAGAGCUACGAGAAGGCCCUGCGCUACGCACACAACAACGAUGACAAGAUGCUGGAGUGCAGAGUCUGCUGCAGUCUGGGAAACAUCUAUGUCCACCUUAAGGACUAUGAGAAAGCCCUGUUCUUCCCGUGUAAAGCAGCUGAGCUUGUCAAUGACUACGGCAAGGGUUGGAGCCUCAAGUAUCGAGCCAUGAGCCAGUACCACAUGUCUGUCGCCUACAGGAAACUAGAUCGCCUGCCGGACGCCAUGGAGUGCUGCGAGGAAUCGAUGAAGAUUGCUCUGCAGCACGGUGACCGUCCUCUGCAGGCUCUGUGCUUACUGAACUUUGCAGACAUACACCGCUGCAGGCGUGACGUUGAUAAAGCAUUCCCUCGCUACGAGUCUGCACUGGGUAUCAUGACUGAGAUUGGAAACCGUCUCGGACAAUCAUACGUCUAUCUGGGAGUUGCAAAGUGUUGGCUUCUGCAGAAAGAAUUUGACAAGGCUCUUGAUUCUUUGCAGCGAGCACAGGAAUUGGCAGAUGGAAUGGGAAACAAGCUGUGUACGCUGAAGGUGCACUGCCUGAGUGAAGGGAUUCAUCGAACCCGGGGGCAGCAGGAGGAGCUCAGAGAGCAGGUGGUGAAGUUCCUGCAGUGUGUCGAGGAGCUGGAGCUCUACUGCGGCAUGUGUGGAGAGUCCAUCGGGGACAGGGACCAAAAACUGCAGGCCUUACCCUGUUCCCACAUUUUCCAUCUAAAGUGUCUGCAGACAAACGGCACGAAAGGUUGUCCUAAAUGCUUCAAGUCCUCAAUGAAGCCUGGAUUUGUGUGAUUGUGAGACUGUGUUUGAGCGUUGGAUCUGCAGACA